CAUCUUGAAUUCGAAGGCAAAUCAGCCAUCCUUAUGUAAUGUGUUGUGCGCAUGUAGAUUGGUUGUCGUCAUGUCACAGCUUGAGCAUGAUGGUUCAUGUUUCAGCACGGCUAUUGUGUACGUCCUUGUCUGUUCUGAUUAGGUCUCCUGAAAGCAGUGUUUGUACUAACUCACUUCCACUGACAGAAAGUUUUGAGUGACUUCAACUAACGCAAAGUCACAUUGGAAAGUAGAUGUAUCGGAACAAACCCAGUAGUAGCUAGACAGAGAGAGCGAGAGAGACACACACACAAAAGAGAGAAAGAAAAAAAAUGGGGAAAAGGAGACUUUUAAGUAGACUUCAACAGAAAGGGUUUGCUAUUGACAGAAGUGCUCAAAAAAGACGUAUACUCCCUUUUCGCAAUUACUUUGUGCCCUGGCAGCCUGUGUGGUUUUCCCAUGUUUUUGUGUUCGGUGUGGUUUUUCAAGACCCUCUCUGAUGAAGAAUCUGAUGAGGCAACCCACCACAUCUGAAAACGUCUUGCGGCUCCAAUGUCACUUGCGCCGACAAUCAUUAGGAGACAGCAUGAAAGGAGGACAACACACCGCGUGCGGAAAUUGAUCCGGCUAAUUCAGCUCGCCAGAAGUACACCUGGAACGCGGAUGUCAUCCAAUGAAAGGCAGGUAGUGGGCUCCAGCAUAAACUUUUACUUCAGUGGAACUUUUCUUUUUUCUUUUUACUUUCUUUCCGGCGCGACUCGUUUCCUCCUCCAUGGCGGGCCGACUUCAAUGCUCGCCCGGGCACCUGAUUGCUUUUGCGGUUGAGGCGGGCGACACCUACCGCUGGCCCCUGGCCCCGGACGUCCUCAUCUCUUUUGUUCGAGGGAGGGGGGCUCUUUUUGUCUUCGGCGACUGAAGUAAACUCGGCAUGGUCUGGCCGCGUGCUUCUCUCGCUGCACUGUUGUGACAAAGGCUUUGAUGUCCCGUCCAUGCACCCCCUGCUGUCGGUCCCCUACCCCGUUCAACAGAAUGUUGUUUAGUUCAAAGCGAAGAACAGAGGCGAUUCUCUGCUUUUAAAUUAUUAGCUCCCUAAGUCGCCCGUAAUGAUAUAGUUUGACUGAAGUGUGCAGUUUAUUAACUACAUAAAGACGAUAUUAUUAGCGCGGGGAAAGGCAAUCGGCGGUUUCGCCUUUCAGCUUAGCAGCGGGAGUCGCAGUGGCUUUGAUCUCAAUCACUGCUAAAUGUCUUUGUGAGAUAGUGGGAGCUGCUGGAACCAGCGUGGGGACCAGGGCCACAUCAAUUAUUAACUUUCUUCCUUUCUCUCUCUCUCUGUCUCUUUCCCUCUCCAUCUAUUUCGAAAUUAAAGCCUUCUUCAUGUCCUAUUUUGUUGUUUUUCUUCUUUCUUCUUUUUUUUUGUCAGAUGGUGGCUCGUCCGCGUCCUCAGCCGCUGCGGUGUCCUUUUCACCGUGGCCACUUGUGAAGGGGUUAUGCCGUCUUAAAGGUUUUUAUCCAGCAUCACACCAGCCUCUUCUCAACGCCAUAAAGAUGAGAGCCACUGAAGAGUUGGCUCAGUCUCUAAAUUGUAAAGGUCACCAGAGAAUACUCGUUAGAUAGGAAUAACUUCCAAGAAAACGAUCCAAUUUGCAGCCUAAAUUCAUGAGCUCAUGGAAGCUUUAUUAAGUCAACUGUCGUAGACUUGCUGGAUUAUGGGGCCAGUGUGAGAAAACAACACGUGUCUGUUUCUGCACUUCACAAGAGCCUUAGCCAUCAUGCAAGCAUCCGGCCAUCCAUGACACGGAUUAUUAUUUUUUUCGGUGUUAUUUGUUUUCAUUUUGAUGUUCAAUCUUUGUGGUGGAAUCAAAACCAUUCAACUCAGAAAAUAUACUGACCCCAACCCUAACCCAAACCCUAACCCUAGGUCAUCUAUGAGUGUAGUGGGCUAUAUAUUUUGGUCACUAGUCUUUUUAAAGAAAGCCACAUCAGACAGUUGACCUGGUUUAGUUGUUGAAUGAAAGAAAUGACUGACUAAAUUGAGUUUGUCACCACCAAGUAGUUAUGUUGUGCAAGGUUUGACCACAUGAUGGCGUAGUUUUCACAGAACAACACAUAUUUCCAGCCUACUAUAGCAACAUCAAUUUGGUAACUUUGAGAUGUCCUUUAUCCUGGUAAAAUCUAGCACAGGCAUAAUUAUAAAUCAUAUUAAUAAGAUGUAUCAUAUUAAUAUAAAAACAAUUCAUGUUUCUGCAUUUAAAAGCAAAUCUAGCAAAACAGUGAUAUCCAUAAAUGAACCAUUACACAGCACUGUGUAAUGGUUCGCACAGUCUUCAUUUCAAAUGUUUUAGUAGAAUGGCAAUCAUUCAAUCAUUGCAAUAUUUACUGCAAACAAAGUUCAGACUCCAUAUUUUAUGGUUCGUCAGUGAGGAGCGUACAGCUACAGGCCCUGACAAGUUUUUCGCCCCAAAAUUCAUUUGAGCCCUUCACCUAGUUCUGAGUGGCUGUCUGACAACAAGCAUUAAUCCACAUCAGUAAUGUGUUUCUGCCGUGUACUGUUAGGCAGCUACAGUACCUGUUUGUUUACUGUGUUUUCUUGUCUUCAUGGAGUCUGUCAGAUGUCUUGUUUUUGCCUCGGCUGCCUGACACAUGGGGGUUGAUGUAUGGUGUGUCUAAAUAUAACAGGUGAGCUCGUGCAGAACUGCGUUGAAGUGACGACGUGGGAGCUUCAUAGAGCUUCUUUGUGUUCAGCCUACACAGGAGCACAUGCAGAGAGAGAGACACAGAGAGAGAGGGAGAGAGAGAGAGAGGGAAGGAAAUAGCGGUACACACACUGAGGCUUGCGUGUACACACACAGACACACACACACACACACACAGACACAGACAAGAGGGAAAGAAGUAGUGAUGGCCACAGCGGGAAAUACAGACAAAAGUGCACACAUUCAUAGUGCAUCUCUCUCACACUCACCUAUUAGACACGUCUAUGAAACAGGAACAAUGGAGGAUAACUACAGUAUGCACAGAAGGCAUUGUUGUUCACUAGGCCUACCUAGCUCUUGUGGUUACCUCACAAAAACACUACUGAAACCUUGAACAGGAAGAGGGCGGGGAUGAUGCAGUACCUCAGUGCAUUUGUGUGCGUGUAUGUGUGUUUGUGCGUGAGAACAAGACCAUGUUGGUGUGUGUUCAUAGCAUCUCAGGCUUUGCAUUGUAGAGAGACGUGCUCUUAUCGCCUUGUCGUGACAUUCACGUAUCUACCUUGGGGAACAUUUCUGAAGCACACUUCUCAUGGUUUCACCACUUUCCUCCUCUGUUAGAACAGUGAAUGGAGUCUUCUAGAAAAGGAUAGUUUUGGAAUCUGUUUUUGUCUGUUUUUUUUUCUUGAACAUUGGAUGUUGGAGAGCCACCAUGCCUGUGAUCCUAGGGGAGGUCAGCAUUCUCACCACCCCACUUUCGGGGGUCCGCAUCUGGGCUCUUGUCUCGGGAUGUGUCACCUUCAGCCUGGUGGCCUCCAUGGUAGAGCCCACCACCGUCCAGCACUCCGAGCUCUUCCGCACCUUCUGCAUGUCCACCUGGUGCCUCUUCUUCACCCUCAGCCUCCUCAUCCUCAUCAUCACCUACAUCCAGUUCCACAGCCUGCUGCCGCUUUCCUGGAAGAACCUGACGGUGACCGUGGCCGCCAUGGCCGCGCUCAUGGUCUUCACUGCCACGCUGGCGUACCCUUGCCUGGCGCUGAGUGAGAACACAACCAAGGAGUCUGUCAUAGCCACCAUCUUCUCAGGCCUGACCUUCCUGGCCUACGCCACAGAGACCCACCUCAUCCGCCGGGAACAGAAGGGCUACAUGGCCACGGUACCCGGACUGCUCAAAGUGCUCCAGGUCUUCGGAGGCUGCAUGGGUCUGCUGCUGAUCGCGGAUCAGGUGUCUCACAGGAGCACUGGGUGGGAGGUGGCGAUCCCCGGGAUGGCGUACGGCCUCUGUCUCUCAGCCUCUUUGGGCACAGUGGUGGUCAUGGUGGGAGACUGCGCUGGGCGGUGCCCGCUGCCGUUCGACCGUGUCCUGGCCGGCUUGAGUUCACUGGGAGUCCUGCUCUACAUGGUGGCGGCGGUCGUGAGCUCCACCAAAGUGCUGAACUUGUACAGACCGAACCCAUCUGAGGGGAAACUCAUCAUCGUCUCGGAGAUGGCCUUUGCCUGCAUCACCUUAGUCAGUUACACCGUCGAUCUGGCCUUCUCCGUCAAACUCUUGUGUGACAGAAUCUGAGCUUAUGUUUGGGAUACUGUGUAUUUAUUUAUGUGAGUUUAUUUAAAGGAACCUGCUGUGAUUAACUGACAUGAAAUAUGUGAAACUGACUCUAAAUUAGUCAACUGUCCAAACCUGAGAAAUGUAUCCUCCAAAUAAGCUCAAAAAACAAAUGAAAUGUUGUUAAUGUGUCAUUGAAGAUGACAUUGGUGUGAAUUGGGUAAUUGUAUUUUUCCAAUCCAAAAUAUUCAGCAGAUUACCCAUAAACCCAGCAACAAAAUUAUUAGCAGUUGAAUAAUUGUUGAACAGCCUAGUGAUUGCUUACUCCUGAAAAUGUGUAUGCCACUUCAAUUUUAUAUAAAUCAUACAAUGCUUUACAGUAUAAGAAAUGUCCUUUAAAGACCACAUGCUCUAAUUGUUUUUUUUUUUUUACAAUGCACAGUAUAUGUCAGAAUUUUGAAUGUAACACACAUUGUUAUUUGAUGUGGGAUUUGAUGUGUUGACAAAAGUCAAGUCACUUUAUUUGAAAAGAGCAUUUUUAAAACCACAGUGUUCACCCAAAGUGCUUCACCGUUGAUCACAGCUGAAAAUGUGGACUACAAUUUCAUUCAGUGUGGUCUGGGUUCACACCCUGCCUAUAUCUCUGGCUGGCUUGGAGUCAGCUAGGCCUAUAGAGGUCUGUAUUUGCUGUUUGUUUGUGUUAUAAAGCUGAUUAUGAUUUAUGAA